AUGUCGGGGAGCGCGGACCACUGCCCCUUCUCCGCAUCGUACACCUCGGCCGCCGCCGUGCCCCGGGCACCGGACAGCGAGCACUGGCCGCCGGCCACACAGAUCCUGCCUCGGCACGGCGCACAGGCAAAGUCGAAUCGCGGGACCAGGAGCGGCGCGCAGUGGUGCCACUCGCCCCGGCGCGCGUCGUACCGCAGCACGUCUGCCCUCACGUCGACGUCGGUGUCAUGGUACUCGCCGGCCUCGUCACAACGCUCCCUCCGGCAGAGCCGGCCGCCGAUGAUGUACACGGAUUCGCCCAGCGCCGCCACGGCGAACCCCUUCAGUAUGUGGCCCGCAAAGCACACGUAUAUCCUGACGCUGCCGUCGCCGCCGGCGGCAACAUUGCCGCUGCUGCCGCUGCUGCUUCCGGUGCUGGAGAAGGACGGCGAGGCGGCCACGUCGCAGUACAAGGAGCCCAUGGCUCUAAACCAGGAGGCCUCGAUUGUGUCCAACAAACCUGAAGGCCUGGCAUUAUUGACGACAAUUGCUGAGGGCACUGACUGCUGCAAUCCUAGUCCUCCAUUGCCAAACCACUCGGCGUUGGAGAAAAGCCUCAUCAGCAAGAUCCUCCGUUUGAGAGAGGUUCUGGAUCUGCCAUGUCAAAGUUCAUGCGAUGCCUUGGAUCAGUUGCUUCUGGAUACCCUGGGGGUUCUGAAGAUUGCAUAUCCGAAAUGUUUAUCAGGUCUAUCAGGAAACCAUACAUCUUCUGUACGGGAGGGUCUUGUUCACCUCCAUAGGGUCCUCAUGUUGGUCCAGGAUUGCCACUCAAAAAACAAGCAAUUGCCUAGCUCAGGCUCUGAGAAGCAAACAAUCAUAGGAAGCGAGAGCUUAGAUCAUGUAGGUGAGCGUGUCAUUGAGAUGCUUGAUCAGGUGACUCCAGUGGUGAAAGAAAUGUUCAGUUUCAUGGAAAGCUCCAGUUCUGCAACGGCAGCAUCUGCAUCAUCAGCUUGGCCUGAGGAUCUCCCAGAAAGAAGGAGCCUCCCUCCUGUUCUCUGUCGCACUAGAUCUCCUGCGCAUCGAGGAAGUGCCAUCCAUCAUCCAUCAGACGGUGACGAGGUUGCAAUGCCUCGCCAAGAGGGCACAGCGAAGCACGCAGAACACUGCAAGGCACCGGCACCUGGGCAGGAGGCAGAUGAGGGCGGCUGCACUUGCACCAUGGAGGAGGAGGAUGGCCAAACUAGCAGGCGUGAACCAACGUCAACUCCUAGUCCUACUGCUGACUCUUUACGGCUGCAGUUGACGCCAUCGUCGGUGUCCCCACAUCUGCUGUCGGCGCCGCCACCGUCCCCCAUGCCCGUUGUUGGCUUGCCCAUGCUUCUGCAAUCCUGGGAGGCAAUGCAAGAUGGCCACGCCGCCGCAGCAGUUGUGCCACCUACAGUCGUCGCACAGCCUUCUGAGGCAGUGCCGACGGCACAGAAAGACACCACGCCCGUCGGCACCAGCAUGGAAGGUUCUACGAGCUCUGCAUCACUUGAAGCUGAUCAGCCAUCCAUGGAUUCACCUUCACCCAAUGGGUGUACGCAGCCACCAGUGCACGACGGCAAUACCGCUGUGCCAAACAUACCGCCACCGCCGCCGCCACUACCGGCGCACAGAGACAGAUUUCAAGUGGUGCCGUCUACAGACGAACCGGCGCGGGCAGUGCCAGACGCACCACCUCCUCCGCCGUCUGAAGUGCAAGGAGGACCACCUGCACUGCCGGCCGCCAAGGUUUCUCCAGCGCCACCGCCGCCGCCCCCUGGAAGCAUCUCCGCAGCGGUGCGCGCUAAGAGAGCCGCGACCAAGCUGAAACGAUCGACGCAGAUGGGCAGCCUGUACAGACGCCUGCGUGACAGAGUAGAAGGCUCUGGUAGCACGCACGGCGGCAAGAGGCGGCAGAACGGCAAGAGGCCCCGGAGGGCGGGCGCGCCCAAGAGCGACACCGGCCAGGGCAUGGCCGAUGCAUUGGCCGAGAUGACCAAGAGGUCGGCGUACUUCCGGCAAAUCGAAGAGGACGCGGAGAAGCACGCGGCGGCGAUCCUGGAGCUGAAGGACGCCAUCGGCUCGUUCCAGUCCAAGGACAUGGACGAGCUAGUGAGGUUCCAUCAGCACGUCGAGCAGCGGCUGGUCUCCCUGACGGACGAGACACAGGUGUUGGCCAGGUUCGAGGGCUUCCCUUCCAAGAAGCUGGAGGCGUUGAGGACGGCGGCAGCGCUCUACUCCAAGCUGGACGGCGCCGCCACGAAGCUCAAAUGCUGGAAGCUCACCGCCGGCGCCGUCUCGCCGCAGCUCGACAGAGUCGAGAACUACUUCAACAAGGUCAAAGACGACGUGGACAUGGUGGAGCGGAACAGAGACGAGGAGACGAAGCGGCUGCAGUCCCACAGCGUCCACUUCGACUUCAGCGUGCUGGUCCGGAUCAAGGAGGGCAUGGUGGACCUGUCGUCCGCCUGCAUGGAGCUCGCCUUGAAGGAGAGCCAGGACGCCAGAGAGACGACGACGGCGGCGGCGGCGCGUGCGCAGUGGGGACAAGCUGGCCACGGCGACGGAACGUCGAGGAUGCUGUGGCGGGUGUUCCAGCUGGCCUUCCGGGUGUACAACUUCGCCGGAGGUCAGGACGAGCGAGCGGACAAGCUGACGACAAUCCUGGCGCACGAGAUCGAGGCGCGGCGCCCGUGAAGCUUCGCGUGCGACGUGUACGUACUUCGGUGUGUACACGUAACACGCGAGAAAGAGUACGUGUCAUGUCAUGUGCAGUCAUACUAUACACCCACUCAAUACGAUUCUUUGUCUCAUUCGAAAAAUUUGCUAUUAUAGAAUCCUAAACAUGUGGGUUUCGCUAUAAUAAGAUUCCAAACAUCUGUUUUGCUAUAA